AUGGUCAAUCCAGCAACGCGUGCGACUCGAUUGACCACAGCGUUCUUGCUGUUUGUGUCGUUCGCGCUUCUGCUCAUCGUCUCGGUCAGUUGCCCCGUGUGGAACAACAUCGUGUUGGCGCGAGGUUACUGGUCCUCGCUCUGGAGUGAGUGCCUCAGCUUGCCCCAGUGCCAGUCCUACUAGUAUUAGCGUGCCAAGGCACUUCGGCUAAAGAGGCUGACCUCCCCCAUUUGUGAUGUACCGCAAUAGCCGACCCCAAAGUCGCUGGUCGUCAAGUGAGAUACGGUUUGUGGGGCUACUGCAACGGCCUUCACGGCUGCACCAAGUCCACGCUCGGCUACGCUCGUGGCUGGCCCAAUUCUCCGAUCAGCUCCACUCCGCUCGGCCGCGUGUCCAAGGCACUGGUCGUCCUCCCCGUCGCGUGUGGUUUGACGUUUGCCGCGUUUAUGAUGGCCGUUCUGUUGCCCUUGUCCAUGCUUGCAACGGCUCUGCUUUCUUUCUGGGCCUGGGUCGCGACUUUUGUCGGGUUCGGUGUAAGUCCCCAGGGUGGUUGAACCCGAGCACGUCCCGGCGGUAGCACUCGCCUCACACUCCGACAAUCUGGCCAACAGAUCCACUUGGGCUUCAGUACCUCACUCCGAAACCGUCUUUGGGAUACUCCCGGGAUCGUACGCGCCCAUGUCGGCAACUCGAUCUGGCUCGUCCUGACCUCGCUCAUUCUUACGACGAUCGCCUCGAUCAUGCUCUGCACUCGUCGCGACGACUACCGCAAGACCAAGUUCCUCGUCAGCCGUCACAAGGACCUCAAUCAUGGUGUAGACGGGGUAGACAGGACGUCCGAAUCCCAACUCAUGCCUGCGUCGCCGACUGGAAAAGCGUGGUGGGCUCGACGCAACCGUGACAGCGGCGCCACGGGUAGCACUCGCCCUGAGACGCUCGAUCGCAGUGUUCCCGCUCAAUCUGACUCGGACCACGUGUGGCGACGCACCUCAGCCAGUACCGAGCAAGAGCGCCAGCCUGUUUCUCCUCCCCCUCCAACGGCGCUCCAGCCUCCGACGAUGACGCAGUACGCCGCCCCUCAAGCUGCUCAAGUCGCGAGCCAGACCGCUCAGGGGCCACCCACGACGGCUCGCACGGAGCCCUCCGUCGUUGGCGCUCCCACGACGUCGGGGACGGAGACACUACCGCCUCAUAAGCAUUCAAUCCGAAAUCCCCCGCCCUCCGUUCAGCACUGGACCGUUCCCACCGCUUGA